CGCUGUCGUAAACCGGUUUGACAACCUUGCUUCACUUUAUCAGCAGCAUUGCAUAAAAUUAACAUAAGAGAACGUAACGGGAUGGGGAAUGGAGAAAGAAAAGAGAGAUGGGCACAGUGGACAGUGAGAAAAGUGAAUGGGCAAAAUCCAGCUAGGGUUUGGCUCACAGUUUUCCCAACUGCUACACGUAGAUGCCGUAAGCAGUAUGAAGGGAAACCCAACCCACACGCUACCUCGCUGUUCUCCCCUAUCGGCUGCUAGUAGUAGUUAGUAACCGGCAGAAAAGCCUAGAUAAGUCCUGUUAUUAUACUCUUUCCUCACAUUCGAGCCUCUUAAAUCUUGAUUUCGAGCAUUCCAGUCCUUUCAAUCGUUAAGGAAAAAGUGGAACGGAUGGACAAACAUUCCACAAUCGAUUGCAUUUCGUCGAGAAAUGGUGUCGUCGCGCCUGUCUUGUUGCUGCGCGUCCCUGACAUAGACCUUCACUGACCGCUGCCACUUGGGCGCGCACCACUUUCAACCAGACACAAAUCUAUUCUCAAAAUGUAUCUUGAAAGACAGACGAUAAGUUCUUAACGAAUCUUGUAGAGCUACAAGUUCAAAACUAAUUGUUCUAAAGUGACUGAUCAAGUGAGGUGUUUUGUCAUAUCUAGCCAACAAUGAAAGAGUGAGCAAUUUCGUACUGUAAUCCAAACCGUUGCAUCGGCAUAUAGCAAUUAAGAAUGCGAGAUGAAAAAUCAAGCAAAUUGAUUUGUCAUAUCUCGUAAAAGGUUUGCGACGAACUUGGUAAAACAGUCAAAUCUGAGUAUUAAAAUGCUAACUAAACUUGAUUCAUGGACUAUUACAGCAUAUCUUUUCUUUUUCGAGGGGCGUUAAACAAUUUACAUUCCGGGAAGUAACUAACAGAGUCCGGGGAGAAGAAAGAAAAGAGUACAAACACAGAAGAGAAGAGGGAGAGGCCCCCUUUCACGUCAUUCAAGGCCCGCGUUUCUCACUUCCCCGGCUACCUGUAACUGUAAGUGGCCCUCUCUCUCUCUCUUCUUCCCAACACGCAUCCCUUUAUAAUUUGUUUUUCCCUCUCCCCCUUCCUCUGUUUCGGUUCCACAGCUUCUCCUUAUGAUGAUCUGAGGUAAACAAAAACAGAAAAUUCUUUCGCUUCUUUUUCUAGGGUUCGUUCGUUUACAAUCCUCGAACCCUCUUUUAAUCUGUAUCUGUUGAGCUAGAGAAACAGUAAAUGUUGCCUGUGCAUUGUAUUUGCUGGAUUGGGUUCGUAGGAUCGGGGUGAUUGGAUUGAAGAACUGGGGGAAAGUUCUGUGCUUUGUGUUCUUGCCUUCGUUCUUUUGUUUCAUUGGGGUGGAAAUCUUGUAUACUCUGUUUGGAUGGUAAUAAACUGUUUGUGUGAUUCAAAUUUCAUACUUUUUUGGCUUUCAUUGUAAAUGGAAUGUGAUUUUAGGACAAAUUUGUGCUGCUACUGGAUGUUUUUACUUGUAAUUAUGGUUUUGAUUGGUUCAGUAUCUAGUAGAGGGUUUGCGCCUUGCGGGUUCUAAUUUUGUGGAUAUCUGUUUGUUGAUUUGUUUCAGUGAAGAGGGCUAGUGCUCUUUUGCGCGUGUCCCAUUCUCUUCUCCAAAUCUCUUCCAUCCUUCCUAAUCCUGCUAACCGUCCCACAGCUUUGGGGGUGCUUUAACUCUAUCUAAACCAGAGAAAGAAAUGGAGGUCAAGCUAUGGAACGAUAAGCGUGAGCGAGAGAUGUACGAGAACUUUGCCGAGCUCUAUGCCAUAAUCAAGGCUACCGAGAAGCUGGAGAAGGCUUAUGUUCGAGACAUCAUCAACUCAUCUGAUUAUGAGACCGAGUGCCAGAAGCUCAUUGCUCAUUUCAAGACCUUAGCUUCUGCUCUGAAGGACACUGUCCCCAGCAUCGAGCGGUUUGCUGACACGUACAAGAUGGACUGCCCGGCUGCUAUAAACCGCUUGGUGACUUCUGGGGUGCCUGCCACGGUUGAACACAGGGCUGCUGCUGCUGCCACCGGAACUACCUCGGCUGCAACUGUUGCGGAAUGUGUCCAGAAUUUCAUCACGGCUAUGGAUUCUUUGAAGUUGAAUAUGGUGGCUGUGGACCAGGUGCAUCCUCUAUUGUCAGAUCUCUCGGCUUCACUCAACAAGCUUAGCAUUUUGCCCCCUGACUUUGAAGGGAAGACCAAGAUGAGAGAGUGGAUUUCGAGGCUGUCUAAGAUGGGGGCUUCUGAUGAGUUGACCGAGCAGCAGUCACGGCAACUGCACUUUGAUCUCGAGUCUUCGUACAAUUCGUUCAUGGCAGCUUUACCUAGCUCUGAUAACAGUCUGUUUUCUUCGUGGGCAAUCUGGCUUGCGGGAAGAGUGAACGAGGCCACAAUUCCUCUGCAAGCUCAGAAUGUACAGCAGCCGUUGGAUGGAGCUGUCAUGCGUUUGCAGAGUAAACGAGCCCGCUCCUUCGCCCUCUAAGCCGAGACAUGAAGGAGUUGUUCCUUUGCUUGCCAUCUUCGAUGGGAUCCAACAUUGAAACUAAUAAAUGACAUGAAAAUUU